AUGAGCGCGGGAGACAUGCUGCGCCUGCUGAGCCCCACCGUCGCCACCGCCGCGAAUCUCGGGUCCUGUACUGUAGGCGGGCCGUAUGCUUGCCCCACGUGCUUCCUCAAGUUCCCCUCGCUGCACGCGCUCGGUUACCAUGAGAACGCGCGCCACGGGCGGGGGGGAGGGGUAUACAGCGGCGGAGUGGGGAGUGAGGAAACCGCAGGCGCACGUGCAGGCGGGGGCGCGGGCGUGGCCGCGGGCGUGGGGGCAAUGGGGAUACUUCCGGCCCGGGGGGGGACGCUGAGGCGAUCCAGUAGGUAUUUCCAGCAGCCUCUCGCGUCUACUUAUAGCGAGGUGUUUGAGGAGGCUGUGAGCAAUGGAGAGCGGAUUGCGGAGGGGUGUGUUGGCGGGGCUGGUGCAGGGUACAGUGACAGGAACGUGCGCGCUCGUGCUAGUGGUGAAGGUGCUGCUAACGAGGUGCUAGGUGCUGGGCUGGCAGCUUUACAGGUGCACGAGGGGAAGGCAGGAGGGAAGGAGAAGAGGGUGGGGGAGGGGGUUGGCGCUGCGAUUAAGAGAAGCAGCUUCGUGGAGGGUGGCUCUGGGAAGCAACAGGGCCAAUUCCGCAACCUGCGCCGGCGCGCAAUGCGGUAUGGCGUCGUCGCAAACGAUUUCAACCUCAGUCUCCCGCGCGCGCUCGAUACCCAGGCCCGCGCUCUUCCGCCCCAUCUCCCGGCCGCUUGCGCCAAUUUCCCUCUCCCCGCCGGUCCCUUCCCGCACUGUCCGCACCGUUCGUGCGGCGCGGGGGGGAGGCGGCUGACGGGGCCGGCUGGCGCGGCCGUGGAUGCUCUCCACUGCCGCUUGCUUCCGCAGGGCGGGUCCGCAGCAGCACGCGGUCCGCGCGUCCGCCGGCUGCGCGCGGCUCGCCUUGCGGAGGAGGCCCACUCGCGCGCCGAUGCGCCGCAGCCGCGGAAGGGCGCGCGACCGUCCGCUGGAUCCUUCCCUACUGGUGUGAAUGACGCGGGGCAUUCCGCCACCCCUUCCGCCAACCCUUCCGCCACCCCUUCCGCAACCCCUUCCGCGACACCUUCAGCUACAUCUUCCGCCACCCCUCCCGCCAGCCCAUCCGCCGCUGCCGCGAUUGCUGCGGAGGCGGUGGUGGGGGGUGUCAUGGCGGGGGGGCGACUGGCGCGGGAGGCGGGGCGGGAGGAGGAGAUGCGGAGGCGCAGGCGGAGGCAGAGGCGGAGAGACCUGGUGGUAGAGGUGGAGGCGGAGGGAGUGGCGGAAGCAGUGGUGGGCGCAGUCACAAUGCGCGCAGGCGCGGAGGCUGCUCUUGAGGCGCCCCAGAGGCGGCGCAGGGGGAGGCGGAGGCGGGGAGACGUGGUGGGGGGGGCGGAGGGGGCGGGGAAGGGGGAGGGGCAGAGGGAGAGGGACGGGGAAGGGGAGAGGGGCCGGGACGGGGAGGGGAAGGAGGUAGAGGAAGAGAGGGAGGGAACGGAGGAGGAAAGGGAGGAGGAAAGGGAGGAGGGAAGGGAGGAGGGAAGGGAGGAGAGGGCGGUUGGUAUCUGGGCAGAGCGUGCAAGGGUUGAGGUGAUAAAGGAAGCAAGAAAGGAGGAGGAGGGGUGGGAGGAGGAGAAAGAAGAGGAGUUUUGGGAGGAAGAGGAGGAGGGGAAUGAGGGAGAGAUUUGGGAAGAAGAGGAGGAGGAACAGGACGAAAUAGAAGGAAAAGGGGAGCAAAAUUCAGAGUGUGAGAAAGAGUCCCUGAGCACCAUGCCAUCACCACACUUCCCUCCGCUUCCCCACUACACCACCCUCGACUCGACCCACCAGGUGGCGGGCAGCAUGCCACGCACCAUCCACUCGCUCCUAGCAGAGGCGCGCCGCUGCGACUGGGUGUCGUACCGCCUAAACCUGCCCAUGGCCGCGUCCCUGUCCUCGUUAGUGUCUGACUCGCUGCAGGUGCAGGGGCUGCCUCGGAUCGUGGUCAUGCUUGUUAACAUGGGCUUGCAGCCAGCAGCAGUGGCCUCCCUGCUGGAGCGGCGGCAGGUAUCACUCUCAGAGCUGGUAGCAAAGCUGCAGUUCCUGCAGAGCAUUGGAGUGCGCCCGCGCUUCCUGGGAGCCGUGCUCGUGGGCUGCCCUCGCUUCCUCGACAUGCCGCUCGCACUGCUGCACACCCAUGCCACGCACCUCAUGGCGCACUGCUGCACCGGCGUGGACAUUGGGAAGGUGGUGGAGGUGUAUCCUCCUGUGCUCGGCAAGGCAGUGCAUGUAAGUGAUGCAGGGGCAUGUGGGGGCGACCUCUUGCUCAUAUCACAUCCUUCCUGCGACACCACCUCAAUAUCCCCUCAUGGUCUCGUCCUUCAUCCCUCACACCAUCCCUCGAUACAACACCACCUCCGCCUCUCGCCAACGUCAUCCCGCUCACAUCCUUCCUCCGCCACCACCUCCACAUCCCCGUGUGCGGGUACCCACCCCCUUCCAUAUUUUCUCCCCAUUCCCCCCACCACCUCCCAUGUCCCCCCCACCACCUUUCUCCAGGCCAACGUCAUCCCGCUCACAUCCUUCCUCCGCCACCACCUCCACAUCCCCUCAUCCGUCAUCCCUCGCAUAGUGCGCGGCUACCCCAAGCUACUCGGCUGUUCACUGCAAGCCAACCUGCGGCCCAAGGUGCUUGCGCUCUGCGCUGUCCUCCCCGGCCUCACACCGCCCCUGCUCGGCACCAUGCUGCGCCGAUGCCCCUCGCUGCUCGCCUGCAGCCUGGAGGAGAGGUUGUUACCUGCCAUUGAAUUCCUGUCCACGAACCUCCUACUCUCACCACCACAGCUGCUCAAAUUGGUCUCCACAGCACCACAGGUGCUAACCCAGUCAGUGCCACACACACUGCGACCAAAACUCCUCUUCCUCUCGCACACAGUGGGUCUGACCGCACAGCAGCAGGCGGCCAUGCUGCCACGGCAGCCCAACGUGCUGUGCCUGUCGCUGCCCCUGCUGCGCCGUAACCACUCCUCCCUGCGCGCGCUGGGCUUCUCACAUGAAGAGAUUCGCCGCAUGCUCGUGCUCUUCCCCACGCUGCUGCUGCUCAGGGCAGCAGCAGGCAGCCAUACUGCCGCGGUGACAUUUCAGUCGACUCAAAGGCCCAACGUGCUGUCUGUGCCUGUCGCUGCCCCUGCUGCACCGCAACCACUCCUCCCUGCGCGCGCUUGGCUUCUCCCCAGAGGACAUUCGCCGCAUGCUCGUUCUCUUCCCCACGCUGCUGCUGCUCAGGUCUCUAGAGGGGGGGGAAGGGGGAGGAGAGGAGGGGGGGGACAGAGGGGUGGGUUAAAGGGUCAAAGGGACUAA